AUGGUAGUAUACAAAGGAGACCUAUCCCAUGUCGGCAAUUUUCAACAAUUAAUGUUAGAGUUACGAGCCCAAGGCUUACCACAACAAGUUCGCAAUUUUUCUGGUGAGGGUGGUAAAAGGUUUUCUGAGUGGAUUAGGGAUAUUGGAAAGGCAGGCGUCUCGGUUAGUGCCAAUGAUUCAAGGUUAGUUGGACUCGCUCUACAGACAUCUACGGGGUUAGCAGGCAAUUUCGUAUUACGGCAUAUUAAAGCAAAUCCUAAUAUUUCUUCGCGCGAUUUAAAGGCUAUUUUGUCGGCUCGCUUUAGUGAUCAUUCUGACCAACAGUUUACUCUACAAAAGUUGCGCAGGGCCAAGCAGAGUCAUGGUGAAUCGGUACAGGCAUUUGGUGAUAAAUUAAUUAAUUUGGCGGAUGAUGCUUAUAAUUUAUUGCAUACCCUUUCAUUCAGUCGCAUUUGGUUGACGUUUUUGUAG